GCAGCUAGCUUACAGGGACAGCUUAGCAAGCUAGUAGGUAGCUAGCUUCACAUAAGCAGCCGUUUGCCCUGUUGCCAUGCUUUGACAAUCCAAAACAAAUCCACAUAUUUGGCUGGCUGCUAACUGUGUUUCUGCCAAGGAGCUUUGGUGGUCAUGAGAGGGGCUGAGCUGAGCUAGUGUGCGCAUUGUUGGCUUUUCAUCAUCACUAGACUGGUAGUCAGAGGUGGGGUGGGGGAUGUCCAGAUCCAAUGCGUCGGUUCUGAAAAAAACCCUUCACAGACACACACGUAACUACAUCUGGAUGGUGACAACAUGAGCUGCGACUUCGUGUGACAAUGCAUAACUCCCCUCUUUUCCAGUACCUGCAUGAUCUAGGGCACACAGACUUUGAGGCAUGUCCAACGGCAUCACAGGAGGAGGAAUAUGGCGGACAAGAGGGAGACCUCACCUCUCCUGAUGAAGAUCCACAGAAAAAUUCAGGAGGAAGCUUAUGGAGACUGGCUAAAGCCUUUUGGAGAUGGAGUCCGAUUCACCAGGCGGCUGCAACUCGUAAGCUGGGGCAGCAGCUGGACUGUGUGUUCGGCCAGUACUCUGUGAGGUGCAUUCUUGAUCAGGACGUGCUGCUGCAGGAGGAUGUGGAGCUGAUCGAGCUGUUAGACCCGAGUCUGCUCACCCUCGGCUCGUCGCCCUCUGGCUCAUCCAGCCGAGCGAGCACCCUGCCCAGACCAAGCCUCAUAGCCAGACCCUCCCUAUGGGACAUGGCGGGGCUGGUCGGCCUGGCUGCAGUGCUGCUGGGUCUCUGCUCUGCAUCUGAGGGCUUGUGGUCGCUGGCUGCAGCCCCGUGGGGCCUGGCACUGCUGGGCUGGGUGGGGCUGAGGGGGGUCAUGCUGUGGAGACAGGGCCGCAUGCAGAGAGCCGUCCACACACGGGCCACGCAGCUCCAGACUCUGGUCCACAACAGCAAGACUCUGACUGGACUGUCUCGCAAAGCCCUGCGUCUGGUGCAGGAGACGGAGGUCAUCUCCAGAGGGUUCACCCUUUUGCUCGACAGGGUGAGUGCGGCCAACUCCUUUAGCAGGGCGGGGCCGGGGGCGAUGCCACGAGGCCAGCAGCUGAUUGGACUGAGGAAGUCCCUGUACCGGUCGCUCCGCUCGGCCUUCAGAGCCUCGCGUAGAGCCACCUGUCACAUGCUCAAGGCGUUCCCUCUGAACUCUGAGAUCGAUAAUGUGACCAACUAUGUGUCUGCGGUGCCUCUGAAGGAGCUGGGGCUCGGCCUGGGUAUUGAGCACCUGGGUGACGAGCAAGCUCAGGAGCUGACAGAUGACUACAGCCUGCCUGCUCUGAAGGUGCUGUUCCAGUUGUGGGUGGGACAAAGCUCUGAAUGUUUCCGUCGACUGGCUCUUCUCCUGUCACCCCGAAGAAUAGAGGAGCCAGAAGAGCGGGGACCCAAAAGAGACACCUCCUCUCUUCCUCCCCCGCUGCACCAGUCCAUCGCCGCAGUGACUGAGCCCCUCCAUCACGCUCUGGGCAGCUGCCUCGGCGAAGUGCAGCGCAGCUACGACUUCCACCGACACUUUGAGACCCAGCUGAGGACGACGGGCUCUGACAGGACAGUGAGAGCCAGGGAGAAGUGCCGAGAGCUCAACACCCUGCACACCUCCAUCCGAAGCCUGCAGCUGCACCUCAAGGCCCUGCUCAGCGAGAUGAUCAUCCUGGAAGACGACCUGGAGAAACUGAUGGUGUCCAAGGAGCCGACGGAGUUGACAUUUGAGGGCUACCAGGACCUCAGUGACCGGCUGCAUCAGCUGCAUCCUCACAUGCAGGCCAGCGCCGGCUGCUGGGAGGACACCAUCAGCCAGGUGGAGCGCAUGCUGAGACGGGCCAACGCCUGUCCAGGCAAUGCUGAGGGUCUGGAGCAGUGUGGUCCCCCUGUACCCGAGGUUCCUGCUCCUCCUCCAUCCUACCCAUUGAUCCUGGACAGAGACCCUGUGCCAGAAGAGCUGGAGUGGGAGGCCUAUGUGUCCGACUCAGACUCUGACGGUGAAGGCAGAGGGUCUUGGUCCGACAUGUUGUCACCGGAGGAACGGGAGCGGCAACGCCGGGAGAGGGAGGAGUCCCGUCGCGUCCUGUCAGAGCUCAAAGCUGUGCUGGGCUUCCGUGCGUCAGAGGGGGAGAGGAUGAAGAGGAAGCAGCUGCUCUUUAACGACCAAGCUGCCGUGACGCCUUCAGCUCACAGUGAGAGUUCAGAUCAUGCCACAAAGCUGCCAGAUGCUCCAACUUCUCUGGGAUCGGUAGAAACUGGCGAUGAAGAAGGAAACCACCUUUCAGAGUGCUCUGCAGGAAACGAAGGGGAGGAAGGGGAAGGAAGAGACGACAGGGUGAGACCUGAACCCUCCACAGAGCCGGUGAUGGAGUUCAGCUGUGGUUUGGAGACGAAGGAAGGGGACUUGGGAGGAACUUCGGUCUGUACAAGAGGAGGAGGAGGAGCGUCCGAGCUGCACCAGUACGACGGUGUCCUGGAGGAGGCGGAGAGCCAGAACGGUCUGGACUGCUUCCUGAUGCCUAAAGUCCCUGCUGUCUCUGUAAUGGACAGACUGACGGAGAUCCACGGCUCAGAGGCUCUCAGCUUCAGCUCCGCCCUCGCCGCUCAGGUGGCGGCGCGCUCGCACUCGCUCAUCAACAUGGAGGAGCAGACGUUCGGAGAUGAUGAGGAGGGAGAUGAAGAGGAGAGCGACAGACUGACCCCUGAGAAGGACUGAAAUUAAACCUUGCUGCUUUAAUCAAGCACUGAGCAGAGACUGUAUUUAUGUCUGAUUGUCUGGGUGUCUUUUAUCGAUGGGUCUGCGUUACAUCUUAACUGUUUCUGGUGUCGAGGUAUUUCAAAUUUACGCCACUCUCUAUUACCCAUCCGUCCAUUUUACUGUACAUUACCCACGAUUCUUACUGCUCUUUUGCUGUUAAAACUCAGGUACCAGAACCACUAAAACAAAACAUGACCUUACAGUGUUAAGGUCAGAAGACCAGAAUGUCUGCAGUUUUACUUGGUGACAUCCACAUAGUGUAUAACAAGUGAUUGGCUCCAAUACAUAAAAAAUGUAUGUAUUUAAUUGCAGUUUUCUCAUGAGUUACUGUAAUCAAAGCAGUCCAAUGUGAGUUACUGUCAGGAAGUGUUGGGCUGGAGGAGUGGAAAGGUUGAGAGAUACAGUGGUACUUCUGUGUUCAGACAGAACGCGAAGAUAGACGCGAAUUCGCCCAAACAAAGGCCUGUCCGCUGAAAACAUUUUAUCUUGAGCGGAAAACUCGAGCUUAUCCCGGGACUUUAUGAAACAUACAGAGAUGAGAGGAAAGGGGGAGAGAGACACAUACAGGCACACUCCCACAGACAUCAAACAUCAGUGCGUCCGUUUCUAGCUAGCUUACAGCUAAGCUAACGUCUGUAAUGUUACAGUUGGCUGGUGGUGGAAGAAGUAUUCAGAUCAUUUACUUAAGUAAAAGUAGUUAUACUAUAUUAUAUAUACUCUGUUACAAGUAAAUGUUUGCAUUCAUGAUCCAACUGAACCUAAAUACUGCUGGCAAAAUGCAGUUAAAAGUAUUAAAAGUAGAAGUUAUGCAUAAUGGCCCAUUUCAGAGUGUUUGUUAAACAAACAAACUUAAAAGUAAUGUUUUUUCAGGACUUCAGGAGCUCAAAAUUGUACUUUAAGUACAGUACUUGUACUAGUAAAUGUAAUUGUUACUUCCACAACUGCAGUUGGUAUAUUGGAUGUUUUGGGCGGAUAAACACACGGGCCAGCAAGUUCGCGCGAAUGACGCAAGGCGAACAUUUGCUUCGCUUUCUAUCUGAACGCUCCUUAAGCAGGUUGAGCCCAGCUGACUUUAAUUCUUACAGGCAGACAGAUACAAACAAACCCACACAAAGUGAGGGAGCGGGAGCUCUGCAAGAAGAGGAAGUUAAAUGCUAUUUUUACUAUCAGUGCUUUAUUUUUGUCUGUGGGGUGACCACACAUUUACAAUCCUUGACGUAUUUGAAAUACAACACUAUUGUAUCGAAGAACAACUCAUGACUGAAACAAUCCCAUUAUUCAGUGUCUGUGUUUACAGGGUCACAUUCAGCGGGAAGAUCAGGAAGACUUGUUAAUGACUUGACACUUUAUGGAUUCAGUGAACUGUUCUGCUGUGAGGUUUAACAUCAAAUACCUGUACGGGUAUAGUAAUUUAAAAAAAAAAAGUUGAUUUUCUCUCAUGUGAGGGCAAUCUAUAAUAUAUUUCAUAUGAAGUUGCUAUAAGAGUCUGACAGCCCUGAUGUAUGCCCCCCCCCCCCUCCUCCUCCACCACCUUCCCAGUCUUUCUUGCCACCAUGUCUGCCUUGUCCUGACCCCUCCUGCACCCUCUCUCUGGGUCGAGGUCUACCCCCUCCUGCAUUUUCCAACGUGAAAUAAAAUACCAUUCUGGAAGUGUU